AAUUAGAUCCUAAAAAGUUCUGAUCUCAUAAGAAUGAAUCCUAAGUCUAAGGAAUAUGAUGAAGAUGAAGCUGAUGAAGAAAUUAAAAGGGGUUUGGAUCAAUUUGAAAAUAAGCCUAAACCUAAUUUAGGUGAAACAGAGGUGUUUAAUUUGGGAACUCCCGAAGAAGUGAAAGAAAUAAAGAUAAGCAUUCAUGUCGAUCGAACUAUUCGAGACGACAUAAUUCAAGUUUUAAUUGAAUACAAAGAUGUCUUCGCUUGGUCAUAUGAUGACAUGCCUAGGUUAAGUGCUGAUUUGGUAGUUCACAAACUUCCCAUACAUCCUGAUUUUCCACCUGUCCAGCAAAAGCAGAGAAAAUUUAAGGCAGAUAUGAGCGAUAAAAUCAAAGAGGAAAUCAUGAAACAACUGAAUGCAAAAGUGAUCAGGGUCAUCCAAUACACUACUUGGUUGGCUAAUGUUGUGCCAGUACCAAAAAAGGAUGGAAAGAUCAGAGUUUGUGUUGAUUAUCGAGAUUUAAACAAAGCAAGUCCAAAAGACAAUUUUCCACUACCCAACAUUCAUAUCUUGGUUGACAAUUGUGCUAAACACGAGAUUCAAUCUUUUGUGGACUGCUACGCCGGAUAUCACCAAAUUCUCAUGGAUGAAAAAGACGCUGAAAAAACUGCUUUCACUACCCCGUGGGGUACAUAUUGUUAUAGGGUCAUGCCAUUUGGUCUAAAAAAUGCAGGGGCAACCUACAUGAGAGUUAUGACUACAAUAUUCCAUGACAUGAUGCAUAAAGAAGUUGAGGUGUAUGUCGAUGAUGUCAUCAUUAAGUCUAGGACGCAAAUUGACCAUGUGCGUGAUCUAAGAAAAUUUUUUGAAAGAUUGAGAAAGUACAAUCUCAAGCUUAAUCCGGCUAAAUGUGCAUUUGGAGUUCCAUCUGGCAAGCUUUUGGGUUUUAUAGUUAGCCGAAGAGGCAUUGAAUUAGACCCCUCCAAGAUAAAGUCCAUUCGAGAAUUACCACCUCCAAAAACCAGAACUGAAGUCAUGAGUUUUCUGGGAAGGUUAAACUAUAUCAGCCGAUUCAUCGCUCAACUCACUACUACAUGCGAGCCGAUAUUCAAGUUAUUGAAAAAAGAUGCUGCUAUUAAAUGGACAAGUGAGUGUCAAAAUGCUUUUGACAAGAUCAAGGAAUAUUUAGCAAAUCCUCCGGUACUGGUCCCCCUAGAGCCUGGUAGGCCUUUGUUUUUAUACCUCUCGGUAACGGAUAAUUCUUUUGGUUGCGUUCUAGGACAACAUGACGUCAUAGGGAAAAAGGAACAAGCCAUCUAUUACUUGAGCAAAAAGUUCACAUCCUAUGAGGCAAAGUACACUCUAUUAGAAAAAACAUGUUGUGCUUUAACUUGGGUCGCCCAAAAAUUGAAGCACUAUUUUUUGUCCCACACCACUUACCUCAUAUCUCGAAUGGAUCCUCUGAAAUAUAUUUUUCAAAAAGCCAUGCCGACGGGUAGGUUGGCAAAAUGGCAGAUUUUGCUUACCGAAUUUGAUUUUGCGUAUGUUACUCGCACCGCCAUGAAAACACAAGCGUUGGCCGAUCAUCUGGCAGAGAAUCCGAUUGAUGAUGAAUACGAACCCUUAAAGACAUACGUCCCUGAUGAAGAGAUCAACUCUAUUGAGAAAGAAAUUCCUGAUAAUGACCCCGUAUGGAAAUUAUAUUUUGAUGGGGCUGUCAACAAAAACGGAGUGGGCAUUGGGGCAGUUCUUAUCUCACCAAGCGAUUGUCAUUAUCCUGCCACAGCACGACUUCGAUUCUUUUCUACCAACAACACAACAGAAUAUGAAGCUUGCAUCAUGGGUUUGAAUAUGGCAAUAAAUCUAGAUGUACAUGAGCUCUUAGUCUUAGGGGAUUUCGACUUGCUCAUUCGACAAGCUCGAGGCGAAUGGGAAACUCGAGACAUUAAGCUCAUACCGUACAAACAAUGUUUAGAAGAUCUCAUCAAAAAUUUCAAGUCCAUUGAAUUUAGAUAUAUUCCCAGGUUUCACAAUGAGUUGGCUGAUGCUUUGGCCACCCUAGCAUCGAUGCUUCCAUACCCAGGUAAUACAUACAUUGACCCGUUGGAAAUCCAAGUUAGGGAUCAACAUGGUUAUUGCAAUAUAAUUGCGGUAGAGGCAGAUGGUCAGCCUUGGUAUCACGACAUCAAACAAUUUAUAAAAGCUAGAGAAUAUCCAUUGCAUGCUGAUAGAGAUAAAAAAAGAACUAUUAGGCGACUCGCCAAUGGGUUCCUCUUAAGUGGCGAUAUCUUAUAUAAAAGGACUCCGGAUUUGAAUUUAUUACGAUGUGUGAAUAAUCAAGAAGCGGAAACAGUUAUGAACGAGGUACACUCAGGGGUAUGUGGCCCACACAUGAAUGGUUACGUCUUAGCAAAAAAAAUUAUUCGGGCAGGGUACUAUUGGUUGACCAUGGAGCGAGAUUGCUUCCAAUUUGUUCGCAAGUGCCAUCAGUGCCAAAUUCAUAGCGACUUGAUUCACUCACCCCCUUUAGAGUUGCAUCCUAUGUCUGCUCCAUGGCCUUUUGUUACAUGGGGAAUAGACGUUAUUGGGCCAAUAGAGCCAAAAGCAUCUAAUGGUCAUCGGUUUAUUUUAGUUGCCAUCGAUUACUUUACCAAAUGGGUAGAAGCUGUCACAUUCAAAUCAGUUACCAAGAAAGCGGUGGUGGACUUCAUUCAUUCCAACAUCAUAUGUCGUUUUGGCAUACCAAAAAUAAUUAUUACAGACAAUGCAAUGAAUCUCAACAGUCACUUGAUGAAGGAAGUUUGUGAGCAAUUUAAAAUUGUUCAUCGCCAUUCAACCCCUUAUCGUCCCAAAGCAAAUGGGGUUGUUGAAGCUGCGAAUAAGAACAUCAAGAAGAUUCUUAGAAAAAUGGUGCAAGGAUCUAGACAGUGGCAUGAGAAAUUACCCUUCGCUCUCAUGGGAUAUCGCACGACUAUUCGUACGUUAGUCGGUGCAACUCCUUACUUAUUGGUUUAUGGAACUCAGGCUGUCAUACCCGCAGAAGUUGAAAUCCCUUCACUUCGAACCAUUGUUGAAGCAGAAAUCGAGGAUACAGAAUGGGUUAAAUCGAGGUUAGAACAAUUAGCACUGAUAGAAGAAAAACGAUUGACAUCAAUUUGUUUUGGUCAAUUAUAUCAGCAGAGGAUGGCUCGGGCAUAUAAUAAGAAAGUACGCCCAAGGAAUUUUGAAAUAGGUCAACUUGUUGUGAAACGUAUCCUUCCCCACCAAGACGAGGCCAAGGGAAAGUUUGCUCCAAAUUGGCAAGGACCUUAUGUUAUUAAGCAAGUGCUAUCCAAAGGAGCUUUGCAAUUGGCGGAUAUGGAGGGAAAGGCAAUUGACACAGUUGUCAAUGCAGAUUCGGUCAAGACAUACUACAUUUAGCAAUCCUUCUCAUUUUUAUGAUGAGAAGAUAAAAAUGUAUCCUCUUUUAUCAAAAACACCACUGGUCUGGUGCCUUUUUUUAAAGAAA